AUGGAACAAUGUAUCAUAUUUUGUCGAACGAAGCAGCAGUGUGAUGACAUGGAAGCUUAUCUGCUUAGAAACAAGUAUGGAGCUGUCUGCCUGCAUGGUGAUCGAUCGCCAAGGGAAAGAUCACAAGCUCUCCAAGACUUCAAGGCGAAAAAGAAGCCAUUCCUGGUAUGCACUGAUGUUCGCCGCUCGUGGUAUCGAUAUUAG